AUGGAUCGCAACAAGGUUGUAGGUCUGUACAUGCGCUCAAGCUACUUUGUAGCCGGCUACUACCUUUUCGUAGGCUACUUUGUAGCCGGCGUUAUCCGAGGCCACUGUGCAAUUGGCAUUGUAAGCAUCAGCAAUGCGGUGCUCGAUGACCGAUUAGCUGCACACGAAGCACGACAAACCAUCCCUAGGGGUGUCCAGCACUUGCUGGGCAGCAGGGUUAUCAAGGUGGGCAUUCUUUGGACCGACAUCAGCGAGGGCCUGGCACCCUGGAACGACACCCCUGCUACGACACCGAUUCAUAUCAAGACCAUCAUCUGCCGUCGAGGGUCAGCUGAUCCACGGAUAGGCAUACAAUAUUACCCUGACCCCUUUGUUACCCCUUGGUAAGGGGUUACCCCUACCCCGGGGUUAGGUUACCCACCUCCCUUCGUACAUAGCCACAUGGGUAACCACUUACCCCUACCC